AUUCAAUCUUAUAUAAAUCGCGUCCAUGUCUCAUCAAAGUGGCAUUCAAGUUUCUGAGGAACUUUCCAAACUUUUUGCUGAUGCCGUAUCCAGCGGAAGUUCUCGCAUCAUUCGUGUCUCUAUCGAACAUGAGUCUCUUGUUCCCAACGGCACCUUGGCUGUUAAGGAUGGAUUCGAAGAAGACUAUAAGAAUAAUAUCGAACAAUAUCUCGAUACAACCACACCGGCAUAUAUCUUUGUCCGACUGGAUGAAAAGACUUCCACCAACGAAUACAAGUGGUUGUUCCUUUGUUAUGUACCCGAUCAUGCCAAAGUCCGCGAUAAAAUGUUGUACGCUUCUACCAGAGCCACUUUGACAAGGGAAUUGGGUGAUUAUAGAUUUGUAGAUAGUAUUUAUGGAACUGAGAAGUCAGAGUUUACUUGGGAAGGAUACAAGAAACAUCUUGCUCAUAAAGCUGCAGAAGCCCCUUUAACUAGACGUGAGCAAGAGUUGGUAGAGGUAAAGGCCGCAGAGGCUCAAACUGUUUCCGAUUAUCAAGGUACUACCACACGCAAGUCAUUUACUCCAGGAAUUGCUUUUCCUUUAACAGAAAAGGCUGUCGAGGCUCUUUCUCAUCUUGCUAAGGAGGAUCGCUCCUUCAAUUUUGUUUCGUUGCAUUUGGAUAACGAAAAGAUCGAUUUAGAUAAAACCGCACAGGUGUCUACAAAUGAGUUAAAAUCAACUAUUACAGAUAAUGCCCCACGCUUUACUUUUUAUGUUUAUAAAAGUAGUGCAUCCGAAAAGGAAUCACUUGUCUUUAUUUACACAUGUCCCUCUUCAUCUAAAAUUAGAGAACGCAUGUUGUAUUCAUCUUCAAAGGCAGGUGUUAUAACAGCAGCAGAAAGUGAAGCUUCUAUCAAAAUUGUCAAAAAGUUUGAAACAAGUGAUUUAAGUGAUUUAACUGCAGAUUAUUUCGCAGAGGAGUUAGAUACAGCUCAAGAAAGCAGUACAGUCGGCGAACGUAUCCAACUAUUGGGCGGUAGCAAAGGUGGAUUUAAAAGACCCGUAGCUCCCGGAAGAAGAAGACCCACACACGCCUAAGAAUAAAAAAUCACACGCCUUCCCCAGUUGAAUUUUUCUUUUUUUGGCAUUUAAUAAAAAAAAGCCAUCCAACCAAAUGUCAAUAGGGUAACACGCGGCCAAUUUUUAUUAAACAUUCCAGCAAAAACAUAUGCGCAAAAUAUGCUAUUACAUUGGCUGACAAUGAUGAAAUAAAGGGAGACACUACUGAGAAACUAAGCCCCGCACUUGCUUGCU